GUUGAACGCGUGCAGUUCGCAAACACCAAAACAGCAGCAGCAAUGUCGAUUUCUGUUAGUUCUCAAAAUGAAACCUCAAAAUUGGAAAGAUUAGGAGCUCAUUCUCAUAUUAAAGGAAUUGGUUUAAAUGACAAUUUGGAGCCAAAAGAAUCAAGCGAUGGCAUGGUAGGCCAGGUGAAGGCUCGUCGAGCUGCUGGUGUAAUUCUUCGAAUGAUUCAGGCUGGAAAAAUUGCGGGUCGCUCUAUACUCAUGGCUGGACCACCUUCAACUGGUAAGACAGCUAUCGCAAUGGCUAUGUCCCAAACCCUUGGCUCAGAUACUCCAUUUGUCUCGCUUUCUGCUAGUGAGGUAUAUUCCCUUGAAAUGUCAAAGACUGAAGCUUUAUUACAAGCACUCCGGAAAAGUAUUGGUGUUCGCAUUAAAGAAGAAACAGAAAUAAUUGAAGGUGAAGUUGUGGAAAUCCAAAUUGAUCGCUCGAUCACUGGUGGUAAUAAACAAGGUAAACUUACAAUCCGUACUACGGAUAUGGAAACGGUAUAUGAUUUGGGUACAAAAAUGAUUGAUGCUUUGACAAAAGAAAAGGUUUUGGCUGGUGAUGUUGUAACGAUUGACAAGUCCAUGGGUAAAGUCACAAAGUUAGGUCGUUCAUUUACAAGGGCCCGCGACUACGAUGCUAUGGGAGCAGAUACUCGUUUCGUUCAAUGCCCGCAAGGUGAAAUUCAAAAGAGAAAGGAAAUUGUUCAUACUGUUUCCCUUCAUGAUAUUGAUGUCAUAAACUCUCGAACUCAAGGAUUCUUAGCUUUGUUUGCUGGUGAUACCGGUGAGAUCAAACCGGAAGUCCGUGAACAAAUUAACACCAAGGUUAGCGAAUGGAGGGAAGAAGGAAAAGCCGAAAUUUCUCCUGGUGUUUUGUUUGUGGACGAGGUUCAUAUGCUUGACAUUGAGUGCUUCUCAUUUUUUAACCGUGCUCUGGAAGAUGAACUUGCUCCUAUAGUUAUCAUGGCUUCUAAUCGAGGUAUUACUAGAAUUCGUGGCACUAACUACCGCUCGCCUCACGGUAUCCCUGUGGAUUAUUUAGAUAGAAUGCUUAUUAUCUCUACGCAAACUUACUCUCAUGAAGAAGUUAAGGAAAUUUUGCAUAUACGCUGUCAGGAAGAAGACGUUGACAUGGCACCUUCUGCUUUAGAUUAUUUGGCAUCCAUUGGACGUGAAACUAGUCUUCGAUAUGCAUUACUUCUAAUUUCCUCUUCCAACCAGGUUGCGUUGAAACGCAAGAGUGCUACCAUCGAAGAUUCGGAUAUUAAGCGCGUUUAUGACCUUUUCUUGGAUCAAGGAAGAAGCGUGAAGUACUUGGAAGAGUAUGAGAAGAACUAUGUUGCUGAAACCGAAUGGCCUGCCACUGAAGCUGCAGCCAUGCAGGAAGACUAGAUUCGUUAAUGUUUUUUUUUUUUUCUUUUUUUGAAUUUCAUUCAUAUACUAAAGAGGUUGGAGAGUGAUGAAAACUUUAUUUAAUAAAAUAGGCUG